GUCUCCUGCUAACGCUGACGUCCACUUCUGCAGCAAAAUGGUGUCGCUGACAGGAGACGUGCAGACAAACCGGUCUAAUUCUUUACCAACGUCUAACAAACGGAGCAGAAUGGCGACCCAAAUGAGGUUUAGGCUCAUGGACAACCGUGUUAUUAUGCUCCUCUCGUUAGCCUCCAUGCUGCAUUGUGCUCUGGCUGACGGCAAGACGCUGGUUCUGCUGGACAACCUCAACAUCAGAGACACCCAUUCAAUGUUCUUCCGCAGCCUGGCAGAUCGUGGCUUUGACCUUUCAUUCAAGACAGCUGAUGAUCCCUCCCUAUCUCUGAUCAAAUACGGCCAGUUCUUGUAUGACCACUUAGUCAUCUUUGCUCCAUCAGUUGAAGACUUUGGAGGAAAUAUAAAUGUGGAAACCAUUACGUCCUUCAUUGACGGUGGAGGGAAUGUUCUGGUUGCUGCCAGUUCAGAUAUCGGUGACCCUCUGAGGGAGCUGGGAAGUGAGUGUGGCAUUGAAUUUGAUGAGGAGAAGACUGCUGUUAUUGACCAUCACAACUAUGAUGUGUCUGAUCCUGGAGAGCACUCUUUGAUUGUUGCUGACCCAGAGAACCUGCUGAAAGCUCCCACUAUUGUUGGCAAACCCACCAACAAGCCUGUUCUAUUCAAGGGUGUUGGCAUGGUGGCAGACCCAGAGAACCCACUUGUCCUGGACAUUCUCACAGGCUCUUCCACCUCUUACUCCUUUUUUCCUGACAGACCCAUCAGUCAGUACCCACAUGCUGUUGGCAAGAACACCCUGCUGAUCGCUGGCCUUCAGGCCAGAAACAAUGCCAGAGUGGUUUUCAGCGGCUCACUGGAAUUCUUCAGCGAUGCUUUCUUUAACUCUGCUGUGCAGAAGGCCACAGCCGGAUCCCAGAGGCAUGAGCAAACAGGAAACAUGGAGCUGGCAGAGGCUCUGUCUCGUUGGGUGUUCAAGGAGGCCGGAGUCCUCAGGGUGGGAGCUGUUACCCAUCAUCCUGUGGGAGAGACCUCUCCCCCAGCAGCAUAUACCAUCACUGACCUUGUGGAGUACAGUGUUGUCAUUGAGAUGCUGUCAGAAGGCCGCUGGGUCCCUUUCGAUGGAGAAGACAUUCAGCUCGAGUUUGUUAGGAUUGACCCCUUCGUCAGGACUUACCUCAAGAAAAAUGGAGGUAAAUACACCAUCCAAUUCAAGUUGCCUGAUGUGUACGGAGUCUUUCAGUUCAAGGUAGACUACAACCGACUGGGAUACACACACCUUUACUCCUCCACCCAGGUAUCAGUGCGCCCCCUGCAGCACACUCAGUACGAGCGUUUCAUCCCCUCAGCCUUCCCUUACUAUGCCAGCGUCUUCUCCAUGAUGUCGGGUCUCUUUGUCUUCACCAUAGUUUUCCUGCACAUGAAAGAGAAGGAGAAGUCAGACUAAUGUGGAGAAACAGCGGGGAUGUGAAAAUGAGAUUAGAAAUUUUAACUUGUGUGAAUUGAAUUUGCUGAAUUUUGAUGUUUGGAUGGCUCUAAUCAUCACACAGGGACUUGGGACUGCAGUCUGUGAUAAAAAAAUAAAUAAAAAUACAGUUUCUUUUCAGUUGUUGGAACUUUCAACUAUUUGGGGAGAGGCCAAACGGGAUCCUGACUGGGUUUUUUUCUACUUGGUAAUAAUUUAAAGACCUGUACUUGUUCUGAAGUGAGUUGGUGUUUAUAUAAAGUUGCUUUACAAUUGAUAAAAUGUAUUCAAGUAGAGCACUUGCCCUGGGACAUGAAAGUAAUACAUAAAACAUUUGACCCCCAUUUUGUCAGUCAGGAAAAAUUCUUGUAGUAACUACAUGCACUGAAUAUGUCAACGUUUUUGUUUUUGAUAAAACUUUAAUGUGUUUCCAAAAAUCAUCAUCUUAAUAAAACACUGACAUUCCACUCAGUAGAAACACUUGA